AUGAGAAACGAAGAGAGGUCCACGGUUGGUACAUUGGGUGCAUACUGUUAUUUGUUAGAUCAAAAAUUACCAAAUACACAUGGUAAUAAAGGUUUCAUUGUCUACCGUGAUUGUAUAUUGACAGAUGAAAUGACUGACGAUUACAGGCGUGCACUUGACAAAGAUAUUAGUUUGUCUGCCUAUACAUCAACAUCCAAAUCACGUCAACGAGCAGAACUGUUUGGUAAUACACUGUUUAUUAUUAAUAUUGGUGAAGGCAUCUCAGAAUUUUCUCAAAAUGACAUAUCGAAGUUAUCACUAGGCAUGCACCUGUUGCUGUUAACAGAAACAGUUCGUAACAGUAACAGUUCACAACAGAAACAGGCACAUGUUAUAACAGUUGACACAAACGAUGCGUGUCAUUUCAAUCAAAAAUAA